CUAUUACUAAUAAUAUCGAGAAAAUCCAGAAGUUACACUUUUUCCGAGCUGACAUGCUAAUCAUUUCUGAAAACAGUAACUACUUAAGUGAUUAAUAUUUAAUAAUACUUGGAAUAUAUAGGAAAUGUAUGGGGAAAACACCUUAUCAGUAGACAACCUAAAUUAGCAUGUGUAAUCUUUCUUAACUAGUUCACUUAAGCUAAAGCAAUUGUUUUAAAUAAAAGGGAAGUUUACAGAAGACCUUUCAGUUUGAUUUUAACAAUGGUUAUCAACGGUCGUUACAUCCUAGCCCUUCUGGUCUUGGUCUUGAUCAGCCAAGCUAAGGCUGAUCCACAUCCCUUUGACUUAUUAGAUACUUCUUUGGACUUCUUUACUGAUUGUCUGGAAAUGCAUAAUGUUACCAUUGAUGAGUAUGAAAAGUUUAAAUCCGCCGACAAUUUGGAAAACGUCUUGAACGUUAAGGGCGAAAUGAAGUUCAAGUGCAACAUAAAAUGUCAGCUGGAUAGAGGAUCACCAACAUUGUUGGAUGAGAUGGGUCAAUUUAAUGUAGACUUGUUGAAUGCCACCACUGAGGAAGCUGAAUACAUUGUAAAGUGCAUGGAUAAGGCUUCCGAGGAGCCCUGCGAGUAUGCCGUACAACUCUUAAUCUGUACCUUUGAAGCCGGUUAUACCAUCUACGACUUUAACAACUCCGAGGAAGAAUCUACUGAAGCAGUCACGGAAGAGCAGGAGGCACGGGACGAAUCCGAAGCUAAGGCUACUCCCCAUCCCCUUGACUUAUUAGAGGUAACCGAUGAUGAUUUUAGUGAUUGUCUAAGACUUCAUAAUGUUAGCAUUGAUGAAUAUGAAAAGUUCAAAAGCGCCGAUAGUUUGGAAAACGGUCUGAGCAUAAAGGCCGAAGUGAAUUUCAAGUGCAAUAUAAAAUGUCAGCUGGAUAGAGGAUCACCAACAUUGUUGGAUGAGAUGGGUCAAUUUAAUGUAGACUCGUUGAAUGCCACCACUGAGAAAGCUGAAUACAUUGUAAAGUGCAUGGAUAAGGCUUCCGAGGAGCCCUGCGAGUAUGCCGUCCAACUAUUAAUCUGCUCCUUUGAAGCCGGUUUGACCUUCUACGACUUUAACAACUCAGAGGAAGAAUCUACUGAACAAGCCACGGAAGAGUAGGUGGCACUGGACGAAUCCGAUGCCAUCAAUGUAUAAAAUUAACCCAGUGGUCACUAUAUUUGGUUUAGGGCAAUAAAUAUUAAUUUUAAUUUGCGCA